UUCCCACCGGAAGUACUUGUUUGCAACGCCGCUGAUAUUUGUCGUCAUUCAUCCUGGAUCAUCGAAACACAGACAAAGGUGGACAGUGUUGAUCCUCACCAUGGAGCUGGCUCACAGUCUGCUGCUCAAUGAGGAUGCUCUGGCUCAGAUCACAGAAGCAAAGAGACCAGUCUUCAUCUUCGAAUGGCUUCGAUUCCUGGAUAAAGUGCUUGUGGCAGCAAAUAAGGUGGAUGUGAAGGAGAAGCAGAAGAAGCUGGUGGAACAGUUAACAGGACUGAUCAGCAGCGCCCCUGGACCACCAACUAGAAAACUGCUGGCUAAAAACCUUGCUACUCUCUACAGCAUUGGCGAUACCUUUACCGUGUUCCAGACUCUGGAUAAAUGCAAUGAGAUCAUUAAAAGCAAGGAUGACACACCUGCAUACUUACCAACAAAACUUGCUGCAGUGGCUUGUGUUGGAGCAUUUUAUGAAAAGAUGGGCCGGAUGUUGGGAAGCUCAUUUCCAGACACCAUUAAUAAUCUCCUGAAAGCUCUAAAGAGUGCAGAGUCCCAAGGCAGAGGAGAGAUCCUGCUCAGCCUGCAGAAGGUGCUGAGUGGACUAGGCGGAGCUGCAGCUUCAUGUCACAGAGACAUCUACAAGAACGCCCGCUCCCUGCUCACAGACAGAUCCAUGGCCGUCCGCUGUGCGGUAGCCAAGUGCCUACUGGAGCUGCAGAAUGAGGCGGUGUUCAUGUGGACAACAGAACUGGAGAAUGUGGCCACUUUGUGUUUUAAAUCCUUGGAAGGCUCCAACUAUGGUGUUCGAGUGGCAGUGGCCAAACUGCUAGGAACCGUCAUGGCAACAGCGCUCAUGCCCAAACAAGCUGCAGUGAUGCGUCAGAACGUGAAGCGGGCCACACUGGACGAGGUUCUGGAGUUGAUGGCCACCGGGUUUCUACGGGGCGGAUCUGGCUUCCUGAAGAGUGGAGGGGAGAUGCUAAAGGGUGGGGUGUCGGUCAGCAGGGAGGUUCGAGUCGGGGUCACACAGGCUUACGUUGUCUUUGUGACCACACUGGGUGGUCAGUGGCUGGAGCGCAAUUUUGCCACAUUUCUGUCCCACGUUCUGGACCUUGUGUCUCACCCGCGGGCCACCCAGACACACGUGGAAGCUGUGUACUCGCGGCGCUGUGUGUCCUUCAUGCUGCGUGCCACCUUGGGGGGGUUACUGGGAGAAAAAGCUCAGAUUGCCGCCGGCAAAGAAAUCUGCCAAGCCAUCAGCAAACAAAUGAGGGCUGUGGGUAAGGAGGAUGGGGGGGAAAUAUCACGGUUCAGAGCAUUGCAGAAGGCAGUAGUGAACGACAUCAGUGGGGAGAACAAGGCAGGGGCAGCGGACGUCUCUGCCAGUCAGCAUGUCAUGGUGUGCGCCCUGAAAGAGCUAGGCAGUUUAGUCCAGAGCUUGAGUGCCACGGCUUCUCCGCUCAUCCAGGAGCCUUCGAUUGGGCUUCUGGAAACUGUAACCUCGGUGCUACUGCACCCGAGCAUGGCAGCGCGCCUGGCGGCUGCGUGGUGUCUGCGCUGUGUGACUGUGGCUCUGCCCUAUCAGCUGUCUCCGCUGCUGGACCGCUGCGCUGAGAGAAUCAACAACCUGAAGAGUUCUCCAGAGGCUGUGAGCGGCUACAGCUUCGCAAUGGCCGCUCUACUGGGAGGAGUACACCAGUGUCCACUGGGUAUUCCUCACUCCAAGGGCAAGCUAGUGGUGAGCAUAGCCGAGGACCUCCUGCGUACUGCGGCUCAGAACAGCCGGCUGUCCCUGCAGCGCACGCAGGCUGGAUGGCUCCUACUGGGGGCUCUCAUGACUUUGGGUUCCUCACUCGUCCGCUACCACCUUCCCAAAAUGCUGCUGCUGUGGAGAAACGUGUUUCCACGCUCCCAGAAGGAGCUGGAGGCUGAAAAGGCCAAAGGAGACUCCUUCACCUGGCAGGUCACUCUGGAGGGCCGGGCCGGAGCGUUGUGUGCCAUGCGCAGCUUUGUGGCACACUGUCCUGAGCUUCUCACUGAAGACGUAAUCCGUAGACUCAUGACUCCCAUUGAAUGUGCAAUGACCAUGAUGUCACAGGUCCCUGCCAUCACCAAAGUCCAUGGUGCUCACCUAAAAGCAAGUGCAGCAAUGGUGAGACUCAGGUUGUAUGACAUCUUGGCCCUCCUGCCUCCUAAGACAUAUGAAGGCAGCUUCAAUGCGCUUCUGAGGGAACUGGUGGCAGAGUUCACUUUGACCGACAACUCCGCCAACACCACCACCUCGCUGUUGCGCUCUUUGUGUCACUAUGACGACAGUGUGCUCAUGGGCUCCUGGCUACAGGAAACUGACCACAAGUCCAUCGAGGAUCAACUGCAGCCCAACAGCGCCUCUGGCAGCGGCGCUCUGGAGCAUGACCCCUCGUCCAUCUACCUGCGUGUUCCCGUCGGUGAGGCCAUUCCUGGGCCUCUGCCUCUGGGCGUGUCCGUCAUUGACGCUUCCGUUGCUCUGUUUGGCGUGGUUUUCCCUCACGUCUCCUUCAAACACAGGCUGCAGAUGCUAGACCACUUUGCAGAGUGCAUAAAGCAGGCCAAAGGAGUUCGACAGCAGGCAGUCCAGCUGAACAUCUUUACUGCAGUGCUUAGUGCUCUCAAGGGUUUGGCUGAGAACAAGAGCACUUUGGGCCCAGAGGAGGUGCGCAAGUCAGCUCUGGCCCUGGUGAUGGGAGCUCUGGACAAUCCUAAUCCCAUUUUGCGUUGUGCUGCUGGAGAGGCUUUGGGCAGGAUGGCUCAGGUGGUGGGAGAGGCCACAUUCAUCGCCAGAAUGGCACAGACCAGCUUUGACAAGCUGAAGUCGGCUCGUGAUGUGGUGUCAAGAACGGGCCAUUCAUUGGCUCUCGGCUGUCUUCAUCGAUACGUCGGAGGGAUCGGCUCUGGGCAGCACUUGAAGACCAGUGUCAGCAUCUUGUUGGCUCUCGCUCAGGAUGGAUCUUCUCAUGAAGUUCAGACCUGGUCUCUGCACUCUCUGGCUCUUAUUGUGGAUUCUAGCGGGCCAAUGUACCGAGGUUACGUGGAGCCAACGCUCUCCUUGGUGCUCACGCUGCUCCUUACCGUGCCGCCUUCUCACACAGAGGUCCACCAGUGUUUGGGUCGCUGCUUGGGAGCUCUGAUCACCACUGUUGGACCAGAAUUACAAGGAAAUGGAGCAACUGUUUCCACCAUCCGCUCGUCCUGCCUGGUCGGUUGUGCCAUCAUGCAGGAUCACUCUGACUCCCUGGUCCAGGCAGCUGCCAUCUCUUGUUUGCAGCAGCUGCACAUGUUCGCUCCUCGACACGUGAACCUGUCCAGCCUGGUUCCCUGCCUCUGUGUGCACUUGUGCAGCUCUCACUUAUUACUGCGUCGUGCUGCCGUAGCAUGCCUUAGACAGCUCGCACAGCGGGAGGCCGCAGAGGUGUGCGAGUACGCCAUGAGUCUGGCAAAGAAAGCAGGAGAUGGCAAGGACAAUACAACCAUCAAUCUAAAUAUAACAGAAACCGGGUUGGAAGGUGUUCUGUUUGGCAUGCUGGAUCGAGAGACGGACAGAAAGUUGUGUUCUGACAUCCAUGACACACUGGGGCACAUGCUGUCAUCUCUUGCUGUGGAGAAGCUUUCUCAUUGGCUCAAACUCUGCAAAGAUGUCCUCGCGGCAACAACGGACGUGGGGGGAGCCAUGGCAUUUGAGGUGGAAAAGGAUGAGGAGGCCUCUGAGAAAAAAGACGAGAUGGAUGACGACACCAUGUUCACAGGCCUGGGUGAUGAUGACAAGUCCAAGCCCUCCGUGGCGCCGCGCUGGGUGACGCGGGUGUUUGCCGCCGACUGCUUGUGCCGCAUCAUCCUGCUAUGUGAGAAUGCAGAUAAGGCGCACUUUGACCUGGCAACUGCUCGCUCUGCUCAAGCAAAAAAUCCCAAAGGAGAUCUAUUGGUGCUCCAUCUGUCUGACCUGAUCCGUAUGGCCUUCAUGGCAGCCACUGACCACAGCAACCAGCUGAGGAUGGCUGGUCUGCAGGCCCUGGAAGACAUAAUUAAAAAGUUUGCGUCCGUACCAGAGCCUGAGUUUCCAGGGCAUGUUAUUUUGGAGCAGUACCAAGCCAAUGUUGGCGCUGCCCUCAGACCUGCUUUUUCUCCUGAUACACCGUCUGAUAUAACAGCGAAGGCAUGCCAGGUAUGCAGUACGUGGAUUGGUAGUGGUGUAGUCAGCGACCUCAAUGACCUGCGGCGAGUCCACAAUCUGCUGGUCUCCUCGCUGGACAAGGUGCAGUCUGGGAAGAGCUCCUCCAGUCAGCUGUACAGUGAGAGUGCCACCACCAUGGAGAAGCUGGCCGUGCUAAAGGCUUGGGCCGAGGUGAGCUUCAAAAUGACAGAAUGUCUCAUUUUUCCUGACCUGGGUGCAGAUGUGCUUCCUCCAGACAGCCUCAUUACCUUAGUGCAGCCGGAGCUGCCUUCACUGAGCCGACUCUGGCUGGCCAUGCUGCGAGACUAUGCGCUGCUCACUCUGCCUGCUGAGUUCUCAAGUCAGCUCCCACCUGAUGGCGGUGCGUUUUAUACCCCAGAGACAAUAGAUACAGCGAGACUCCACUACCGCAGCUCUUGGGCCCCUGUGCUGCAUGCUGUGGCCCUCUGGUUGAAUAGCAACGGGUUUGAAAUUAAUGAUAACCAACAGGAUCUCUCAUCGACUCCUUCCAAAGUUCCCAAUGCUCUUCAGGGAAGCCCUUCCUCAGCAAAGAUGCUGGAGGAGUCGGUUAAAGACAGAAUGCAUCUUAUGCUGGGUGUCAGCAUAGAGUUCCUGUGCUUCCCGCGGCCCGAGGAGCCCAUUGAACACGUGAUGUCCUGCUUGCAGGCUCUGUCGACUCUGCUAGAAACUCCUUGUGCUAAGACACAUAUGGCAGAGGACCAGCUGCUGGCAGUGGAGCUCCUGAAUGUGCUGCACAGACUGCUGCUGACGCGGGAUCCUCCUGCGGUCCAGCUUCAGGUCACAGCGGUGGUGCAGGAGACCAUCAGAGCUGCAGUGGACCACCUACAACAACAAAGGGCCAACAGAGGCAAAGAAGAUGAAGGUGAAAAAGAUUCUCUGACCGACCUAGGAGAAGGCGGGGACACAGGAGAGCUCGUACCUGGCAAGUCUCUGGUUUACGCAGCUAUGGAGCUGCUUGUGUUCAUCCUGGUGCGCCACAUACCACAGCUUAAUUCCCGAGUGAAGGAGUCACCCAGCCAUGCCCCUUUGAGGCCUCAGAGACUACCAGACGAAAGCGCACGACUGGUGGCAAACACGGUCUCCAUCCUGGCAGAGUUGCCUUUGCUGUGCUCUCCUGCUGGAGCAACAACCAUUCUUCCUACAGUGCUUUUCCUAAUCACUGGGGUCCUAAAGGAAACUGCAAUUAAAGCUGCUGACAACUCUGUGCCUGUACCUGUAUCAGCCGCUCUGCAGGGCAUUAAGACCAUCAUCACCUCACCGUUGGCCCGGAAGGAGAGCAUUCAGACUCAGUGGACCACCCUGGUCAGGAGCAGCCUGGCAUCUGUGCUUGAAUACUCUCAUCCAGAUGAGUCCAGACCUGACAUGGAUGAAGUCAGUAUGUUGACAGCAAUAACUCUCUUCCUGCUGUCAGCCAGUAGUGAGCUGGUGGGAGUGAUCGUCCUGCAGAAAGGCUGCAUGGACCGCUUCCGAAAUGCCCUCAACUCUAGUGAUCCCUGGGUUCAGGCCCGGUGCUACCAGCUGCUUUUGUCAGUGUUUCAACACUCCAACCGAGCUUUGUCCACUCCUUACAUCCACGCCCUAGCUCCACUCAUGGUGGAGAAGCUAAAGGCGGUGGAACGCAGUCGGCCAGGAACUGCUGCUGAGCUGCAGGCUGUGCAGGAGGGAAUCAGGGUCCUAGAGAAUCUGGUCAGCAUGGGCGAAGAGAAGAACAGAGUGCAGCUGUUGGCUCUUCUUGUUCCUACUCUCAUCUCUUACCUUUUGGAUGAGAAUGCGAUCUCCUCCGCACCUCAAGUCUCUAAAAACCUGCACGAUUUUGCCCUUCAGAACUUAAUGCGAAUUGGGCCUCUGUAUCCAGCUGCCUUCAAGACCGUAAUCGGUGCAGCACCUGAGCUUAAAACGCGUCUUGAGUCUGCUAUUCGAGCUAAUCAGGCGAGCAGCAAAGCCAAAGACGCUGCAAGGCAAACUCAGCCAACUGUGCAAGCUGCACCGACUAUUAAACUCAAGACGAGCUUCUUCUGAACACAUCAAGAUGUACUCUACCCUCUCAAAAGAGCUUAUGCUGUCUGUCUUUUUAUUUUCCCUGAUGACAAUGUACUGCUUACCGUAUCUGUUAUUCAUUAAAAUUUGUUAAAUGUAUUAUUUAUUCUUCAUCUCAACUUUGUAUUAAACUAUCCUUAGUCAAAUGGUAAUUUGUAAAUAGCAUCAAAGAAACUUUUGAAUGUUCACUUCAGAAAGCUUGUUUUAACAUCUCAAGUUUUUAUUUGAUGAAUGUAUCACAUCCAGACUUGACUUUUUCCCCUGUGAUUAAUAUCAUUUAAAGGCUUAGGUUCAGCCAUAGUGUUUCUUCACCAUUUGAUAGUUAUGUUUUCUCACAAAUGUGAUUUUAUGUAUUUGAUAAAUUUGUGCAGUAUGUCACAUUCAGGUCUGCUGAUUUCCAUCAGUUAUGUUUUAGUUUUUAGUUUUUACUCUUAGUUGUGGAACCCAGGAAACGAUAGAAUAAAAUGAGAAGAUAUAUGUAUAUAUAUCACUUUAUUGAGCCAGAUUUGAGAUUUUACAAAAUUUCUUCAAAUGCUGUAUUUCUUUAGCUAAUAAUAGGUAUGGGGAUAUUUUGACAUUUAAUGUUUUUGUUUCAGAUUGCAUUAACUGUUUUCCCCAUGAAGGAAUUUUAACCCUCUUUAUUAUUUACUACUAGUUAUUAUGUAAACAUUAAUUGCUUACUUUAUCAUUUUUGGGAAGUUUGAAUAAAG